AUUUAUUGGGAAAGACCGGCCCGAUAAGUUGCAGUUGCAAUCCCUUCCGCACUAUGAACUGGGAAGUUGGAGCCGUGGAGGUAGCAGCUUUAAAGACCGUUAUUUGUAAUAUAGUUCCCCCCAAAUUCGGACGAAUUGGGGAAAGUGGUCCGCACAUUAAUAUCUGAAUAAGGGACUAAAAAAGAUUACAACUCGGGGAAUACCCACAAUUUCUUUUACUAUACACAAUUACUCAGUAGUCAAGUUUGAUUGAUUGGGUUCACAUCUUGCUCCGAAGUCUCUGUUUAUCAAGGUAUCAGUAACUCUGAUAUUGGCCACAAGGACACAGUUUGAGUUGAUUCAGUUCUCUUUGAGCAUGGUUUGGUGUGUUUAUUGUGCGCGGGACACGUUGAGAGAAGAUGUGGAUGGUAGAAUUUGUUGUUCCCUUUGUGGAAGAGUACUUGAAGAAGAUCAUUUUUCUGUUGAGCCCACUUUUGUUAAGAAUGCUGCUGGACAGACAGGGAGAAAGCCAAGUGGGUUAUGUGGAGCUGCACUGUACAUUGCUUCUCUUUCACAUGGACUGAGUUGUUCUAAAUCAGAAAUUAUCAAAGUGGUGCACAUUUGCGAAGCAACAUUGACAAAGCGUUUGAUUGAAUUUGAAAACACAGAAUCUGGGAGCUUAACGAUUGAUGAGUUCAAUACAAGAGCUGAGGAGCUUGAGAAAGAAGAGACGCUGGUCUUGCAACUUUAUUCGGGAUCAAAAGGAUCUGGGAUCACAGAAGUGCUAUGUGAACACAAGAAAAGUGUGAAGCUGCCCUUUGCCCAUGGUCUAUGUGAAAGUUGUUAUACUGAUUUUGUAAAACUUUCAGGUGGGCUUGAUGGAGGAUCCGAACCUCCAGCCUUCCAGCGUGCUGAGAGGCAAAGAUUAAUGGCAAAACAAGAGGCUGAAGAAAUUGUGGAGGAUCCAAAUUUUCCCAUGUCCAAUCAGGUGGAGAGCUAUGUCGGCGAUUACUUGGAGCCUGAGAAUGGAAGGGACACCCAGAGCGUGAAAAAUGUGCAUAUAUCAGGAUCCAAGCAAAUAGGGGCAUUCUCAGUGGCUAAAACUGAUCAUAAUGUGAGUCCUGAUAUCUUAAAUGGCAUGGAUGGUAUGGGUCAUGAUGAUCAUUAUGAAUCAGAGAACUUCUCCGAUAUCGAUGAUGUAGAGGUUGACAGUUAUCUUCACAAUGAGCAAGAAAAGCGCUUCAAGAAGAUCAUUUGGGAAAAAAUGAACCGAGAAUAUCUCGAGGAACAAGCAGCCAAGGAAGCGGAUGCAUUAGCUGCCAAGAAGAAGCGUGAGUCCUAUCUAGCUACCUGUACGGAGGAUCAAAAGAAUUUGGGUGCUGAAACUGAUGCUGCUGUUGAAAAAUCAAGAAAGGAAAGACAGCAGAAAAGGGCUGCAGAACUGAAAAUUUCUGGUCCUGCUCAAACUGCUGCAGAAGCAACAAAGCAAAUGCUAGCUAAAAAGAGGCUGAGCUCUAAGAUCAACUAUGAUGUGCUGGAGAAACUUUUUGAUGAUUCUGAACCUGAGAACCCAAAGAAAGCCCGAAUUGUGGACGAUUCAACGUAUGAUAACGAGUUAAAGAGCGACAAAAUUGAUCCGGAAGUAGAUGAGACUUACGAAGAAGAAGAGGCAUUUGGUGAGGAUGUGCAUUAUAAUGAGGAUGUUGGAGCAUACGACUAUGAUCAACAUUAUGAUUUUGAUGUAUAUUGAAUUAAUCUGCAUUCGAUAUGGCCGGUUUCCCCUUGGACAGAGAGGAUACAAGAUGUCAGAUGAUGCAUUCCCCUUCACCAGUGUUGGGAAUCGUUGGGUUCUGAUAGCUAAUUGCAUCUCAAAGUAACUUUGUUUUAAUUAUCAUUGAUUGAUUUAUUUCCUGGGAACACUUCCCAUUACUGGAAUGUUAAAAACUCUGUAUCAGCUUUACUCGUGAGAGAAUUCCAUUCAUUCUUAGAAUUAAAGUUUGCAUAAUUGACGUCGAAUCCAGUGUUCUGUUCUGCUUGAUAAGAAUGUGCCCCCAAGACCUGGGUAUUUUUCAAACGUGAAGUCCUUAUUUC